AGAGCAAGAGGAGCCGGAGGAAAAGAGAAGCCGGACGGUGCCAAGAGAGCUUGCGCAAGCAGGGGUGGAAACCGGGCAAACCAGGCCAGCGACGCCGAAGCGCGUCGCUCAAUAUCGCUUUGGUCGCCAACCGUGCAGUGGGAGCGCAGGAUCCAAUUCCGGAACAACCCUUCUUUGCGAAUUCGACGUUGUUGCCGCCGCAGGGCUCUCCGUCAUACCGGGAGAACCGUUAGCCCUCGAACAGGACGAUGGAGGACAAGAAAGUCGAGCAGUAUUACUCGCCGCCGCCGCAGCUUGGAAAAUGGGAGGGAUUCAGGAUCUUUUUAUGGAAUUCGGAGACCGGCCAGUUUAUGGGGCGUACCGGCGCAAGUUGGGCGAAGAUUUUGCUCUUCUACGUGAUAUUCUACGCAGUCCUUUGCGGAUUCUUCGGAGCAAUGUUGGCCGUGUUCUACCAAACGUUGGAUCCGAACGUUCCUAAAUGGCAACUGGAAGGCUCGCUAAUCGGCACCAAUCCCGGACUUGGUUUUCGGCCGAUGCCACCAGAGAGCAACGUCGACAGCACUUUGAUUUGGUACAAGGCUAGUAACGUGGGAAACUAUGGUUACUGGACCAAGGAACUGGAUGCUUUCCUUGCUCAUUACAGGAAAACUCCGGCGAAACAUGGCGUCGCUGACACGAGGAUGCCUUGCGACUACGACAAACCUCCCCUACCAGGAAAAGUCUGCCUCCCCGACAUCGAGUCGUGGCAUUCCUGCAAUCAAAACAAUAGUUACAAUUAUCAGAAAUCCGCACCAUGCAUUUUCCUCAAGUUGAACAAGAUCUUCGGAUGGAUGCCGCAAAUCUACAACGACACGAGCAAACUUCCGAGCAACAUGCCGGACGAUCUGAAAUCUCACAUCGCGAACGAGCAGUCGCAGAACCGGAAGACGGUCAACACUGUUUGGGUAUCGUGCGAGGGAGAGAGUCCUGCGGAUGUUGAAAACAUCGGGCCGAUACAGUAUAUCCCACAGCGAGGAUUCCCCGGGUAUUAUUUCCCCUUCACCAACACUCCAGGCUACCUGAGCCCGCUGGUUGCCGUGCUGUUCGAGGCACCGAAGCGUGGCGUCCUGAUCAACAUCGAGUGCAAGGCGUGGGCUCAAAACAUUCAUCACGAUAGAUUUGAGCGACGUGGAUCGGUGCACUUCGAGCUGAUGGUGGAUUAAGCUCCGAAUUAAUAAAUAAUCAAAGACCACUGCCAACCGCCGGCAAAAUCCUCGAGCCCUCGAUCACCGGGCAAGCGUUCCGCCGUGUUUACAUUUAUCCACGUGUCAUUUUCUUUCAUAUACCCGAUAUUCAAUUUUCAUUUUUCAGCCUUAAUGUAUUCCGUGAAAUAUUUUCAAAUUCGCCAAAAAUUAUAAGUAUAAAACGAAAUGAAAAACACGGCAAGAAAUAUGUGCGGACAAAUAUUUAAUUCAUUAUUAUUCGCGGGUCAAAUAUUUCCGAUACUUUCUGUAUCGCUGCAGGUUUUUUUUUUUUUUUUUUUUUUGCCUUGAAAUGUUACAUCGUCUAUAUCUUACUUUAAAUAGACGAACAGACAUUAGAACGAACCGCCCACGCAGAAACUAAAACAUCAAAUUGAUUUUGACCACAAACGUCAUAGCAAUAUUAAUAAAAAUACCAAUAUUUUCGAUAAGCCUUGUAAGAAAUUCGACGACCUAGAUUUAGAAUGACAAAAUCUCCCCAAGUUUGGCUGUCGAAAAUUCAGUUUUAGAAAAACUAGUACGAAAUAAAUAAUCAACAAAAAAUGAUUCUUUCGAAUUAUCGUCUAUUCGACGUUAAAUUUACCAAGUUUUUGAAACAAUUUUCCGAGAUAAAGGAAAACCUGCCGUGCUGUGAAUUCAGCCAAGUUUUCUUUGUUGAUUCCGCGGAAUUUUUUGAAAUCUUUCCAGUUUGCAGCUGCGCUACUUAAAAAUACUACCUGUAGAGUGGUUUAGAUUUUCGGAAAACCGAUUAUUUUCCAAAUGCUUUCAAAUUUUUUCAGUUAAACGUACUUUUACAAAUACAGAAAGCGGAAAAAAGUUACAAUUUUCUGUCAUCAUUCAAUGUUUUUUCCUUCUAUCCAUAUCUGUGGCAUGUAUCAUCGUAUUUAUAUCUGCAUCUAAUAAAAAUGAUUUUGUCGUCGAAAGACGUUAGACUCCAAAUUUGUUUUCAUCAAGUUUAUAUCUUCUUGCCAAGUUAUAGGUUCUUCGGGCAGUUGUAUAGAUUUGAUGAGAAAAUAUUUCGUAUGUGCUUCGACGAGGAAUCAAUUUACAAGGUUGAUAUGAAUACGAGAAUAAUAUUUAAAAUUUUGUAAAAAACAAAAAAUUUUCAGCAUUUGCAUUUUUUACUGCAAUGUCAAGCUACGUUUAACCAAAAAUAUUACAACAUUUUACGAAGGGUUGAAUGUACAAAUUUUAAAUAAUCCACAGAGUAAGUCAAUUCAAUUGGCGUAAAUUUUGGGAAAGUUCAACGGAGUCGAAAAAAAUUGGCUCAUGAAUUCACAAAAAAAAUUUCACAUACAUUGCUAAUCUCGGUAUCUGGAUUUCCUAGACAUGUCCAUUGUUUACUCAACUUUGUAAUAAAAAUUGGACAUCGAUUCGUGGAUGGAUUAUUGUUAUUAUUAUUGUUCCCUGUGUGGGCGAUUGCAUGUAUUACCCGUGGCAAAAGGUUGAAACUUAAGUAAGCAGCAGACUAAACACACGAUUACUAAUUUAAAGUUAUUCAACACAAAACCGAAAAUCAGCGUGAGCGAAAAUUUUCACUAAUUUUUAUCAACAUUCACAGAAAAAAAACUUGCGGCUCUUACUUAACCUUACCAAAGUGUAAGAGCUACUUAAAUACAUACUUAAAAUUAAAAUACAUUAAAAUUAUAGUCAUCAUUACUGUCGUGUAACGUAUAGAGGAUAAUAAUAAUAAUAUCUAUUUGAGCGUGCGAGGAUCAGAUCGAAUGAAUGUGGAUAGCAUAAAUGGGAAAAGACCGACUAUCAGGUGAAAAGAAUUAUCCAGAGUUUCGCUAUUUGACGAAGCUAAGAUAUUCGGAAGCAGGAGAAAUAAGUUAACGGAACAAGUGAUGAUAUAUUAUAUUAUAUAAUAAUACAGCCUGUUAUUCGAUGAUGAGUAGGUAAAAAAAAAAAAAAGAAAAAAAAAGUAAUUUGUUUCAAUGAUAAUAAUAAUAUAAUAAGAGAAAUAAGUAUUAAAUUAUUAUUAUUGUUGUUGUUAUUACUAUUAUUAUUAUUAUUAGUAUUAUUAUUAUUAAUAAUGAUGAAAUAUAUUAUAAUAAUAUAAUUAUAUGAAAAUAAACAAAUUAGACAAAGUCACCUAUAUACUCGUAUUAUAAUACAUUAAUUAUAAUUAUACUAAACGGCAGCGAGAUAUUAUUAUACAACAUAAAAUAAUAAUUAAGUAUGAUAAUUUACAAUAUAAUAAUGCGAUAUUAGAAUAUUGUAAAUUCGAUAUCGUGAUUACUUAGUCGGUAGGUUAAAAAAAUAGGAUCUAGAAACAUAAAUAUAUAUAUAUAUCUGUAUAUAUAUAUAUAAUAUACAUGUAUAUAUAUAUAUAUGCAUAUAUAUUGCAAUUGUUUUGGAAGCUUCGCAGUAUGAUAUAAAAAUUGUGUUAAAAUGUGCAGAUUGCAAAAGAGUCGCAAGCUUGUGCUUGUCGAAUAAUGGUAUAAAUCGAUAAAAAUAAACGUUUAUAUUAUGUCUGCCAUUACUAUGGAAAUGAGUAUAGAGCUAAAUAAAUAUAUGUACGCAUUUGAUAUUAUAUAUAAUAUUAACACAUAACACAGCACACAGCACACACACACACACACACACACACACACAGAUAUAAUUGGAGCGCGCGUAAACAAGAACUCGACAAUAUUGAAAAAGUGUGUAUAAUAAUAUGUGAAUUUACACGCACUGCAGGCGCU